UCGUUUUAAAACGGCGCAGGGCAAGGAAGGGUUGAGGAGCAUCUUAGGUCGGAGGGCGCGGGGAGGGGGGUUAUUUCGGUUGUGAUUGGCUGGAGGCAGCUGUCAAUCUUAUAUAUCACUAUAAAAGGCGAGUUAGGGUUGUGGACGAGUUCAAGGCAAGCGUGAGUCCGUGACUGGCGCCGGGUGAGAGAGGUCCGUUCGAAAGUGGCGCGUGCCUGUUCGCCCGCCCAGCCACCCUGCCUCCCUCCCUCUUUCGUCCCCUCGCGUAGUUGGUCAUGAGAAAGAGCUGAUUCCCAGGACAGUGGAAUGUGAGAGACAACAAGGAAUUCUUGCAGCUAUGCUCCAGUGGUUGAAUGCACCUACCUGCCUGUCUUCAUAGAUCUUGCAGGUUUUCUUUAAAAAUACUACAAAAAUGAGUGAAGAAAACACAGAUGCAACUACUAGCUGCAGCAAAGUUAGAACCGGUACUCAGAAUGAAGCUGCCUUACUGGCUCUUAUGGAAAAGACAGGUUACAACAUGGUUCAAGAAAAUGGACAGCGAAAAUUUGGUGGGCCUCCACCAGGUUGGGAAGGUCCUCCACCACCCCGAGGCUGUGAAGUUUUUGUGGGGAAAAUUCCCCGUGAUAUGUAUGAAGAUGAAUUAGUUCCUGUUUUUGAAAGAGCUGGGAAGAUCUAUGAAUUCAGGCUGAUGAUGGAAUUUAGUGGUGAGAAUCGUGGAUAUGCAUUUGUAAUGUAUACAACCAAAGAAGAAGCUCAGCUUGCUAUUCGAAUACUUAAUAAUUACGAGAUUCGUCCUGGAAAGUUUAUUGGUGUUUGUGUAAGUUUGGAUAAUUGCAGAUUAUUUAUUGGAGCUAUUCCAAAGGAAAAGAAGAAAGAGGAGAUCUUAGAAGAAAUGAAGAAAGUCACAGAAGGUGUGGUAGAUGUCAUUGUGUAUCCAAGUGCAACUGACAAGACAAAGAACCGUGGUUUUGCCUUUGUAGAGUAUGAAUCCCACAGAGCUGCAGCAAUGGCAAGGAGAAAACUAAUUCCUGGAACAUUUCAGUUAUGGGGCCAUACUAUUCAAGUAGAUUGGGCAGAUCCAGAAAAAGAAGUUGAUGAAGAAACAAUGCAGAGAGUUAAAGUAUUGUAUGUUAGAAAUUUGAUGAUCUCUACUACAGAAGAAACAAUCAAGACUGAAUUUAACAAAUUUAAGCCAGGAGCUGUUGAGCGUGUAAAGAAACUUCGAGAUUAUGCUUUUGUUCACUUCUUUAAUCGAGAUGAUGCAGUUGCUGCUAUGUCAGUUAUGAAUGGGAAAUGUAUUGAUGGAGCUAGCAUCGAGGUGACGCUAGCAAAACCAGUUAACAAAGAGAGCACUUGGAGACAACAUCUUAAUGGUCAAAUUAGUCCCAGUUCUGAAAAUCUUCUAGUCUUUACAAAUAAAGAAGAUAGUCAUCAGAAGUCUCUAGCAAAACCAGCAACUCUUCCAAUUCGCCUUAAUGGACAGCAUAGUACAAGCCCUCCUGAAAUUGAAAGGUGUACUUACCCAUUUUUCCCAGGAAUAAAGCUUACUCCAGUUAGCAUAUAUUCUUUAAAAUCUAGUCAUUUUAGUUCUGCAACAAUGCAGUUAGAUUAUUAUUGCAACAAAAAUAACUGGGCACCUCCAGAUUAUUACUUAUUUUCAACUACAAGUCAAGAUGGAAAAGUAUUGCUCGUGUAUAAGAUCAUUAUUCCUUCUGUUGCAAAUGGAUCCCAGAGUCAUUUCAUGCCAGACAAGCUCUGCACGACAGUAGAAGAUGCAAAAGAAUUAGCAGCACAAUUUGCAUUGCUGCACUUGGAUUACAAUUUCUGCCGAAGUUCAAUAAACAGCAUUUCUCCUGUUAGUGCUACUCUUGCUGCCGGAACUACCAGUGUGCUGUCGUAUACAUCAAGACCAUACUCUUAUCCAAGCUAUCCUUUGUCACCAUCAAUUCCACUUCCUAAUGGUAACCAUGUUGGACAGCGUCUGUAUAUCUCCAGUCAGGCCUCAUUCUUUUGAGGGAAAUAAAAGGCAAGCUGAAAGUAGAAUAAAUUUAUUUUAAAAUUAUAAUUUAGUUUUAGUUUUAAUCGGGUCCACACAAUUAGUUCUGGUGAGUUAAAUAUGUAUGUAUUUUACAGAUUACUUAUAAAUUCACAGAAUUUGGGUGAAGAUGAAUGUUCCAAAUGUGUUCUCACUUGCCAAGAAUAGGAUUGUUUCUAAAAUAUGAUAUAAUAGUUCCUGGUUAUCAAACUGUAAACAAGAGAACUCAUUCAAGCUUUUUUUUUU